AUGAAGUUUUCUACGUCCAUCAUCGCCGUCGCCGCUCUCUUCGGCUCUGCCGAGGCAUUGCCAAUGCCUCUCCCCUUAUGGCGUCAACAAAGCCACCACCCUCAACUGCUGUCGUGUUGCACGUCAUAUGGUGACCGUUCUGACUGCCAUUGUCCUGAGGGUUGUGCUCGCGCCGAGCUCCAGGCCAUGCACAAGGCCGAGGGCAAGGCUCCUCCCACUGAUAACGAGGUUAACGCCCUGCUCGCCAACUAUGCCGGCUAG